AUGUCUUUGCUGAUUUCACAACAUCCUGUGAAGUUUGCGACAGAAAAACCUAUUCACAGCGCACAGAAACCGAAGUACGCGAACGUAGUGCUUCUGGAUGUCACGGGCUGGGAUCAGUUUCCAGUUCUUCGGUUCAAGAAACAGUUCAGUGAUAACCCUUGUCACUUCAUCGAAGCUCGCUUUAUCGUUCUCGUGACGCGAUCGUGUUUCCUAGAAGAUCGUUCCACGAUAGUACAGUUUUUCGAUGAACAAGGUAUAGUAAACUACGCCAUUAUACCAACGCCAUCGAGUGCUCUUGAACGAGUGGAUAACAUCAGCAUCUACACCGAAAACCGCUUCUCCAAGGAGCAGAUCUUCGUGCAGCUGAAUGAUCUCGACAACAUGCAUCGCCUCUUCCCGAACAAACUAAUCGAUCUGUACGGCUAUCAUAUUCGGAUCGGUGUUAAGCAAACCGAUUUUCCAUUGGUGAUGAUUUCGCAAGAUGCGGACGACUUUCACGGCAUUUUAAACACUUUGUUUUUGGAUCUGGGUAAAAACAAAUUAAAUUUAACGUUCACUUUCUUUCAACAAACUACGCAACCUUAUGAUGCUGACGUGUAUUACGAUAUAGUAUUCCAGCGAGAACAUUUCCAGCACGAGGUAGCUUUCCGUGACAUGGGUGGGAUGUGUCUUUUUUGUCCAGCAAAAUAUAAUUGGUUUUUCUUUUCAUACCUGCUGAAACCAUUUUCAUUCGGUGCUUGGAUUUUCCUGGGAGGAGUUUUGGUAGUUUGCUGCAUCUUGCGACUACUAUUCCCCUCUACUUUUCGGUACGAUCCGAUUCUGCAGACGGUCUUUGGAGUCAUCGGCAACGAAUACAACCAAGCAUUUCUGGCCCGAAUGGUCCUUUUGGUUCUGUCUUGGUUAUCAUUUUUCUUCUCCAGAACGUACACCAGCAGGAUGCUUGGACUCAUGUCUCUAGGACAAUUCUUUAAACGACCGAAGACUAUUGCCGAGUUUAUGCAGUCAGAUUAUUUGAUGGCGAUACAUAAGGAAGACCUUGCGCAGUUUCCUCUGAAUGAUUUCAUUCCCAAAAUGCUUGAUCCUUUUGAAUUCGAUCGGUUAGUUACGGAAAGUGGUGUACAGUACCAUUUCUUGUACUGUUCGCUAGAGCCUUGCGGAGAGGCUCGAUGGUUAGUAUCGCCUGUGAAUCACGGUUAUAACCAUGAGUUUUUCGCCAUCGAAGAAAGCAUUGUUCCAUAUCUGCAUAGGCUACAGUUUGCUAAAAACUCGCCAAUCGUUGGAGUGAUGAAAAAUCACAUUGAAUUGUUUUAUGAAACAGGGUUAUGGAAUUACUAUUUUAAAAGUCACAUCGAUGCACUGAAUGUGGAACCAGAGUCGAGAAAUACUAUUUCGGAAGUGGUCUUCUCUUUCGAUGAUCUGGUGAGUGUGUGGAUCUUGCUUGGUGGUGGUUUGUUGAUCAGUACCGUUCUUUUCGUUGGAGAACUGUUAAGCAAGAAAAAAACGUGA